UCUUCGGCCAAAACAAACAGACACUCUCGGGUCGAAGUUCAGUUCCACCGACAGUGGGAGAGACUAGCUUUUAGCUUUGCAGCAAAUUUGGGCCUAAAUUUGAAAUUUCUGUUUAUAUUUGUGGCGUAUUUUGAUGCCUGUGAGAACAGCAGCCGGCUACUUUGGCAAACAACGCACGUUGGACUUCAGUCACAGCAUAUUACUUUGGAAUGAAGAUGCUGCCGAAACUGUCAUCCAGUUUGUGGCGCUGUAUUUCAACUUCAUCUUCCUGCAUGUCUGGCAAAUAUGGCUGUUUAAAGUUCACCCCACUGUGCACGAGGCUCUGGCUGAACACCGGCCUGUGGUGGCUCUGGAGAGUACCAUCAUCACACAUGGCAUGCCUUACCCUCACAACUUGAGCACAGCCAAAGAGGUGGAGGCCAUCGUGAGGGCUGAGGGGGCAACUCCAGCUACUGUAGGAGUUUUGGAAGGCACUGUUCAUGUAGGCUUAUCUCCAGAGGAGCUGGACUUCCUGGCUCGCAGUAAAACGGCCCUUAAGGUGUCCAGGAGAGACUUGCCGUAUGUUAUCAGCAAGGGUUUGUCUGGAGGCACCACCGUCUCAGGCACAAUGAUCGCAGCCCACAGAGCAGGGAUUCCUGUGUUUGUGACUGGAGGAAUUGGUGGAGUGCACAGAGAUGGAGAGAACUCUCUGGAUGUUAGCACGGAUCUGACCGAACUGGGCCGCACUCCCAUCGCUGUGGUGUCCGCUGGUGUGAAGUCCAUUCUGGACAUUGGCCGCACCCUGGAGUUCUUGGAAACUCAGGGGGUCUGUGUAGCCACUUAUGGAAAGUCAAAGAGUUUCCCAGCCUUCUUCUCUACCCAGAGUGGAUUCAUAUCUCCAUACAAUGUCCUCAACGCCGAAGAGGCAGCAAGCCUUAUUGCAAGCACUCUGUCUCUGGGCCUGCAGAGUGGAGUCCUGCUGGCCGUGCCCAUACCAGAAGAGCAUGCUGCUGCUGGACAGCAGAUCGAGUGUGCUAUACAGGUUGCAGUGGACGAGGCCAGGCUUAAAGGAAUCAGAGGAAGAGAUGUGACCCCUUUCAUCCUGCAGAGAGUCAGUGAGCUCACUGAGGGCCAGUCCCUCCAAGCCAACAUAGCUCUCAUUCAUAACAACGCAAAGGUGGGCAGUCAGAUAGCUUGUGCCCUUUCAGAGCGCAUGAAGAAAUGUCAGAGCGGUCCCAGAGGAAGCAGUAAGACGCAGGAGGAGAAGAACCAGCCCUCAAAAUCUAAACCUGUUGUCAUUGGUGGUGUGAAUGUUGACUUCAUUGCUAAAGGAACAACACAGAAGUUACUGUUUGGGCAGACAAAUCCAGGAAACGUGUGCCAGUCCUUUGGGGGAGUUGGUAGGAAUAUCGCAGACUGUCUGAGCAGGCUGGGCCACAAACCUCUCUUCAUCUCAGCCAUUGGAACAGAUUCUCAUAGUGAUGCUGUGCUCAACUACUGUAAGCAUAUGAACACCAGUGCAGUCGCGAGGUUGCAGGGUCAGAGGACUGCCACCUACUGCGCUGUGAUCACAGAGAGUGGAGAGCUGAGUCUCGGACUGGGGGACAUGGACAUCCACCAGCAAAUCAAAGAGCAGUAUGUUUCCCAGUAUGAGGAGCAGCUGCGCUCAGCAUCUCUUGUGGUUCUUGAUGGGAACAUUCCUGUUUCUACCAUCGACUAUGUCUGCAGCCUUGCCAAGAAACAUUCAGUCCCAGUGUGGUAUGAGCCCACUGAUGCCGAUAAGGCCUGUAAGCCCUUCCUGUCAGACAGCUGGAAGGAUCUCUCCUACACGUCCCCCAACCUGGCAGAAUUGUGCACCAUGAGCCGCACUCUUCACCUGCCUACUCCAGAAGUUCUACCAAACUCUCUUGAGGAUGUGCUGAGCUGUGCAGCAGCUCUUACCCGCCCCCUGCUGGAGCACCUGUGUUGUGUGGUAGUGACACUGGGCGCGUUGGGGGUCUUGGUGUGUGGAGAGCAUGAAGCUGGAACAGUCAGUCUGCGACCGCAAAAGCACAGACGGAAAGGAAGACUGUGUGCUGUGUACUAUCCGGCACUGGCAGUUCGUUCUGAGGAGACGGUGAAUGUGUCUGGAGCUGGAGACAGCCUUGCAGGUGGACUGAUGGCAGGGAUUCUGAAGGGGAAGGAUAUGGACAGCUGUGUGCACAUGGGCCUCCUCGCUGCACGGCUCUCACUUUUCUCUCCUCACCCCAUCGCCCCAUCUCUGAGUGCUGACGCUGUCCAGCCUGAGAGGGCUCAUUCUCAGCCAUGGCCCAAGCCCACCUGCCUGUGGAUAGACUCCUAAUAGACUGAGCUGUUACAAUAAUUAUAUAAAAAAAGGAUGGAGACAGAGUAGUACAGAUAUGAACUUUUGUAUGUGAUUACAUUUUCAGCUAAUCUACUAUCUGCAUUUUUUAACCUGUUGUUGACUUACAAACUUUAGUACAUAAUAUCAUUUCUGCGGUUUAAGCAAGAGUUGUUUUUCAAGUCUACGUCAUGCAUUAUGUUACGUUUUACACAGUUGUACUUACAGUAAUGAAUUGCUCUUGGAUUCAGCUGGCUGUUUAGCCAAGCAGGUCUGUGGCACCGGCUGACAUGCUCCACUUACUGGUCACUCAUCAUUUUAAUGCUACUGUAAUAGCUGUUUUUUCCAGAAGACACAUUGGGUCACACUUUGGAAACCUUCUCCACAGAGAAUACUUUUAAGUAAAUUAAUUACAUCCAAUUAAAAUUUUACAGUUUUAAAUUUACAGCAUUUUUUUAAAUAAUAGAGACCAACCUGGUCCUAGAAUUACUUCUGCACUGCAAAAUUUGAUAUUUCCCUACACUAACACAACCAUUUUAUUCUCAUAAAGGGCUUUUGAUAGCCAGAGUGCAGCAGGAAUUCAAGGCCAGGGUUCGUAAUCACGGAAUUAACACAUUUUCCAAUAAUUAUGUAAAAUAAAAAUCUUUUCAUACCAAUUUUAAUUGUUCUUUUUUUAAUUAUUUUGGAUAAUAUUGUUUGCGUGGUGUUUUCCCUCACCUUCAGAUAAAUAAAAUAUAACAAUUAAA